GUUGCAGCAGGAGGAGCAUCUUUAGGGAUCUCUACAACUGCUGGCUUCUCACUGCUACUUAAUGUGCCUUCUUAGGUUUGAACUGAGGAGCAGUUAAUCAUAAUGGGGUUUCAAAUCACACUGGGCAUGACACUACUGUUGCUAAUGAAUGGAGGAGUGAACAUAGGACAGUCAGAAGCCAAAUCAAACACCUUCGAUCCCUGCAAUAAAUACACUUCUCUGGAUCAGCCCUGGAGAGCCAAUAAUGAGACUGGAUUAAACAUCUGUGACAGGGACUUCAACUGGAACGGCUGGUACCGACUGUUCUAUUAUGGGAUGAACAUUCGUUUAUCAGAGAGCUGUGUUUCUACAUUCAGAUGUGGUACUUAUUACACUCUGUGGCUCAAUGGUCCUCAUCCUCAGAUAGAGGAUGGAGUGGUCACUCGUCAGGUCUGUGUAAAUGCAGGGGGUGACUGCUGUUCCUUUGGUUCCACCUCAAUUAAAGUAAAGACUUGUCCAGGAAACUACUCUGUGUACAAGCUUGUCAGUCCAAGCUACUGCAACAUGGCUUACUGCACAGAUGUCAGCACCAUAACCCCAAAUCCUGCCGCAACAAAUUCACAAUCCAACACAAGCACGACAACCACUCCAACCAACUACAGCUUUAACCCCUGUAAAAACUACAGUGUUGUUGAUGACUACUGGAGAAACAUACGCAUUACUGACACUAACUACCGAGGUCAUGAUGACACCCUUGUUGAAUGGAAGGGCUGGUACAGACUGUACAUUGAGGGCAAAAGCGCUCAGCUUGCUGAAACUGUCUGGUGUAAGAGCUACAUGACAUGUGGUGGUUACACUACGCUUUGGCUUGGCGGAUCUCAUCCACGAUUAGAGGACGGCAUCGUCACCCGAGAAAUCUACAAAUCUGUCAACUAUUAUUGGUACUAUAACCAAUGCAGUCACACCAGAUCCAGCUCAGUCCAAGUGAAAGCCUGUCCAGGAGAUUACUAUGUCUAUAAACUUGUCAGGCCAGAUAUAUCACUUCCAAUGCCAACAUACUGCACAGUUGGUUUUAACAGCCUCACUUAUGAUCCAUGUCACAACUAUGUCUCACUGGAUCAACCCUGGAGAGCCAAUAAUGAGACUGGAUUAAACAUCUGUGACAGGGACUUCAACUGGAACGGCUGGUACCGACUGUUUCAUUAUGGGAUGAACAUCCGUAUGACAGAGAGCUGUGUAGAUGUGAACAGAUGUGGUACUUAUUACGGUCUGUGGCUCAAUGGCUCUCAUCCUCAGAUAGAGGAUGGAGUGGUCACUCGCCAGGUCUGUGCGAAUGCAGGAUAUGACUGCUGUGCCUUUAGAUUCACCCCAAUAAGAGUGAAAGCAUGCCCUGGAAACUACUAUGUAUAUGAGUUUGUCAGCCCACUCUUCUGCACUAUGGCUUACUGUACAGAUGUCACUACAAUAACCCCAACUUCAGAACUCAACUUAACCACGACAGCUACACCAACCAGCAUCAGCUUUGACCCCUGCAAUAGGUACAGUGUUAUUGAUGAAGGCUGGAGAAAUACACGCACUAACAGUAAAAUAAGUCAUGAUGACACUCUUGUUGAAUGGAACGGCUGGUAUCGGCUGUAUCUGCAGGGCAAAAGUGCUCAGAUCUCUGAAUGGUGUGUGAGCUUCACUACAUGUGGUGGACACACUCAGUUCUGGCUCAAUGGAUCUCAUCCACGACUAGAAGACGGCAUCGUCACCCGAGAAAUAUAUGGAACCAACAAUGGCUACUACGACUACUACCGCUACUACCACUACUACUACUACUACUAUAACCAAUGCAGUUACAGAUACAGAUCCAAACCAAUCCAAGUGAAAGCCUGUCCAGGACAUUACUAUGUCUACAAGCUUGUUAAACCAGAGUUGUCCAUUCCGAUGCCCUCAUACUGUACAGUUGAUUUUGUCGCUGACCCCUGCAACAACUAUGUCUCAGUGGAUCAACCCUGGAGAGCCAAUAACGAGACUGGAUUGUGGUUUUUUGACAGAGACUUCAACUGGAACGGCUGGUACCGGCUGUUCUAUUAUGGGAUGGACAUCCGUUUGUCAGAGAGCUGCGUUCCUACAUCCAGAUGUGGUGCUUAUUACACUCUGUGGCUCAAUGGUCCUCAUCCUCAGAUAGAGGAUGGAGUGGUCACUCGCCAGGUCUGUGGAAAUGCAGGAGGUGACUGCUGUUCCUUCCGCCUCAACCCUAUUCGUAUUAAAGCAUGCCCAGGAAACUACUCUGUCUAUGAGCUCGUCAAUCCAUUCUACCACAACACAGCCUACUGUACAGAUGUGAGCACUAUAACUCCAACUGCUGCAGAAUUCAACAACACUAGGGCAACCACUCCAACCAACAACUUUGACCCCUGCUAUGAAUACACUGUUCUUGAGGAUGACUGGAGAAACAUAAGCAACAACAACCAUGGGUAUUUAAACAGUAGAGGUAAUGAUGACGCUGUUGUCGAGUGGAACGGCUGGUAUCGGCUCUUUAUUCAUGGAGAAAAUGCUCAGAUUCUAGAAGGCUGUGUGAGCUACAUGGAAUGUGGUGGUUACACUUCACUCUGGCUCAGUGGUUCUCAUCCACGGCCAGAGGACGGCAUCGUCACCCGAGAAAUCUAUGCUACCAGAAUUGAUGAAUACUAUCAGUACCAGUGUAAUUACCACAGAUCCUCCAACCCAAUCCAAGUGAAAGCUUGUCCAGGUCAUUACUAUGUCUACAAACUCGUCAAGCCAGAUGUAUCACUCAUAAUGCCUACAUACUGCACAGUUGCUCUGACCAAACCAAGUUAUGAUCCCUGCUACAACUACAAUGUGCUGGAUGAUCCUGGAAGAGCUACAAACCAAACACGCAAGAGCUGGUCUUGGUGGUGGUGGUGUGACACCAACAUGAACUGGAAAGGCUGGUAUCGUCUUCUAUAUCAAGGAAAUAAUAUCCGGAUGCCAGAAUCAUGUGUUAGUCAGGGCAUGUGUGGCACUGAUGUCCCUCUCUGGCUGAACGGUUCUCACCCACGACUGGAAGAUGGAGUGGUCACUCGGAAAGUCUGUGGAAGCUGGAACAAUGACUGCUGUUAUUUCAAGUCUUACCCCAUUCAAGUGAAAGCUUGUCCAGGAAAUUACUACGUAUAUGAGUUUGUCAGUCCAUCCGUCUGUUUAUCAGCCUACUGUGCAGAUAUUGAUAACAUUACUCCAGUUGAUGACCCAGAGAUCCCAGAAUUUGUAGAUCCUAUGACCACAACAACCACUACAGUGAUGAUGGACCCCUGCACAGAACAGAACUGCACUGAGGAUGAGUGGUGUGGGGAGAGAGAUGGCAUCUAUGGCUGCUUCUGUAAUGAAAGUCAUUCUAGAACAGGAGACGAGUCUUAUGACUCCAGAGAAACCUGCGAGAGCAGCUCUGGCACCAUGUCUCUGUCCCGCUGUCAGCUCUUUGAAGCUGGUUUCCCUGUUAAUGUCCUGCACCUGAGUGACCCCAGCUGCAAUGGAACUCUCCAAAACGGCAGACUGGUGUUCCACUUUGAUAACGAUGACCACAUCUGUGGCACAAAUCUCACGGCCAACGGUACCCACUUUGUGUACGAGAACUCUAUCCAGGGGGUAGCAGACUCAGCAGGAGGAGCCAUCAACAGAAAGAAACAACUGGAACUGCGUUUCUCCUGCAUUUAUCAGCUCAGCCAGACACUCACCAUGGACAUGGAAUUCAACCCCCUGCAGAGCAUAGUGCACAAGACCCUUCCAGAUGGUCAGGGGAUGUACCAGGUCAGGAUGAUUCCCUAUCAGGAUGCUGCCUUCUCCCAUCCUUACGAUGGCAGUGAGGACAUAGUGGUGGACCAGAGGAUCUAUGUGGAAGUGAUUGUUAAGGGAGUGGACAGCCGUCAGAUUUCCACAGUGAUAGAUUCGUGUUGGGCCACUCCUGUGAAUGACCAGAACUUUGCUGUCCGCUGGGACCUCAUCAUUAAUAAGUGUCCUAAUCAAGAUGAUAAGACAGUGAAAGUGCUUCAGAAUGGUGUCUCCACAACUGGCCGUUUCAGCUUCAAGAUGCUGGCCUUUAAUGACAACUACUCCAAAGUUUUCCUCCACUGUGCCAUCCACCUUUGCCUUCUGAAGGGCAACAACUGUGCAGCGAACUGUUCUCCUGGACAGCAGCACAGAGCUGGCCGGUCUGUGGACAUCCACGACAAAGCCUCCAUCUCUGUGGGACCUUUUAUCUGGACUGCUGGAAGGACAGGUGAAUGAAAACAGUCAUGCGAUGUGUGGAUCUCUGGUCAUUCUCUUCGAGUCUUCUCUCCUUUAAUGACAAUAUUAAGACAAUCAAAAUAUGUGAUUUCAUAUUUUAUACACUAAUCAAAUCUCCAUUUAGCUGAGUGUAGCAUUAGAGUCUCAUUUUGGCCAUGAAAGAUUGUUCAUUAUUAGAGAUCGUGAUUCAUUCAAGAUAUAGCAAAGAUAUGUUAAAGCUUGUAGAGUGAACAUCAAACACCUGUCAGAAUGCAGACAUUAUAGUUGCGCUUAUUUAAUACAUUUAACAUUCUUUUCUGAGAGCAGUAUUUAGCAUUACAGAUUAUACUGUCUGGGUGAGAACAGAAAUAAAGUUUGGGUGCUGAACAGGUUGAUUGGUAUGAAAUAUGUACCUUUUUCUUCUUAGUAAUUCCAUAUUAUUUCUCUUUUUUUACUUCUCCUUUCUCCAAGUGUGGAUUAUAAUUUCAUGUCUUUACAUUUGAAAAAUCAUUGUAAUCAUUUUGAAACAUUGUGUUCUUUUCAAUAAAUUCCUUUUUAAAUUGUGCACAGCACUUCAAGAUCAUUACAGUUUUGUUUCUGCUAGAUUUGUUUUCUCUACAUAUUUCAUUUUCUGGGCAAAGCUGGUUCACCAUAGGGAUACAUAGGCAAGGCAAGGCAAGUUUAUUUAUAUAGCACCUUUUAUACACUGCUGUCAUUCAAAAUGCAGUACAAAUGAGAAAAUCAGAAAAAUACAGAGUUCUCUUGACAUAGUCUUGAAAAAAGUUUUUAAGUUUUGUUAAAUGUCAUAUCAUAUCAAAUAAAUCACAGCUGUUACUACUGUAAUUGUUUAAUAAUCCUGAAAGUGAACCAGCAGUUGAAUGAGGAGCUUACCUUUAACAAAAAAUGCAUCAUGUACACUUUGAAAACUUCAGAUGAUCACAUAUAUGGGAAGCAAACUCACUUCUUUAGAGUUGCUCAAACCUCUCUUUACCAGAGGAGCUA